AUGGAUGAGAUGGAUUUCUUUGCCGAGAAGAAGAAGAAGAAAAGGGUAGCUGAUGAUGAUCAAAUUCUGCACCAAACGGAGCUUCAUGUGGAUACUAGCUUAGAUCUCCUUACAAAGAGUUCCACUUCUAAUGGAUCGACUAUGGGAGAAGGAUCAUCGGAAGAAAGGGGUAAUAAAAGAAAUGAGUUUGCAGCUAUGGUAGCUGAAUUGCACCACAUAAAUGCUGAAAAUCAACGCUUGAGAGAACUGGUUGAUGAGGUGAACGAUAAGUAUCAUGGUCUACACGAUCAACUUAUGAAACUGAUGGAAAAACAACGUAAGAAUGAGGGUAAGAAAGCUGAUAUGAUUCCAAAGCCAUUCUUGGAUAUUGGAGUUGCUGUGAAGGAAGAGACUUCGCAGCAAUAUUCCAAGGGAAAUCUGCAAGAAAGCAAAAACAUGAUUGACUUGAGUCAGAAGAUUUGCACUACAAGAGAUGUUACUCAGUUGGACCCAUCUGACAAAGCUAUUCCAAAGUGGAUCUCAAACGAAAUCACAAGAUUGAGUUCUUUCAAGGACGUCGAUGAAUCCUCAGAAACCAAGUCAAUGAUCAAGAAAGCUCGCGUGUCAGUUCGAUCAAGAUCUGUUUCUUCUAUGAUUUCUGAUGGAUGCCAAUGGAGAAAGUAUGGGCAGAAGAUAUCAAAAGGGAAUCCAUGUCCAAAAGCUUAUUAUCGAUGUUCAAUGGGGACUCGUUGUCCUAAUGAUGAAGUUGCGGCAGCUAACUAUUGCCCUAAUGUCCCUUUGAAGGUGCAAAGGAGUGCAGAGGAUCAAGGUGUGUUGAUCACAACAUAUGAAGGACAGCAUAAUCAUGUUCUCCCUCCCAGUGCCAAAGCAAUGGCAUCCACCACAUCUGCAGCUGCAUCAAUGCUUCUUUCAGGAUCAAUGCCAAGCUCAGAUGGUCUGCAACAUCCAAAUAUAUUAGAAAGUGCAACACUACCAUUUUCACAUAACUUAGCAACCCUCUCAGCUUCAGCUCCAUUUCCAACUAUUACUUUGGAUCUCACUAAAAGUGCCACCAAUACUAGCUCUCAACAGCUACCACAAGAGGCACCAAAUGAUUACCAACAUAGCUUCCUUUCCCCACUUUUGGCUCCAAACAUUUUUGACCCAAGUAAGCUUUCUAGCUUACAUGGCUCUCAGGGAACAGAAAGUGCUUCACUUUUUGACACAGUAAAAGCAGCAACAGCUGCUAUCACUACAGACCCCAAAUUUAGUGCAGCUCUUAUGGCUGCCAUAACAUCUAUUAUUGGAAGCUACAACAAGUUCAAAAGCACUUCAUUUGAUUUAUUUGAAAGGUGUCACAUUGGCAUUCAGAAGAGACGCUAUAAUAUUGCUGGAUUCUGUGAUUUUGGCUCCUGGGCAGCUUGCUUUUGUUCGAAGAUUGAAACUUUCUGUGAACAUGUAGCUGGUAAAAGUGUAAACUUGAAAAUGAUAAUAUUUACGUGCUAUUGGCUACCUACCCAUCCACCAUAUCUUGGUGAUCUAAGACUGAUAAGUAGAUACUUGAACAAGCGCAGGAAGCUGAAUUGGACUCUCAAUUUGCAAUCCCACUUGCAUAGCAACACUUGCCAUGCCCUUGCUCACCUCCUCUCUCACAUUUCUAAGUACAAAUAUUCACAUGAAACUCCAACUAAAACUCUCAAAACUCCUGAUAAUGGAAGUGGUCGAAUGGAUCAAGAAAAUCAAGUAAAGGAGCCUACGUGCACUGAAGUUAAUGAUUAUGAUGUUUUGGAUCCUAUAAGCCGGAAGGAUAUGCAGGAGAUCCAGGGAACCAUUGAUUGGGUUGGCGAAAUGGACAUGGAUUCUAUUUCCAACAAGAUGGUUGUAGAUGAUAUAGGACAUAUGAUGGAAAUAGAGGAAAUGUCUACUCAAGGAAGUGGUUUUGAUAAGGAGCAGAAGCUAAUAAAUCAGUUCGAGCUGGUUAUGAAAGGAAUCAAAGAAGAUCUUAUUUGUGAUAGUGGUUUAAUCCCCUUGAACAUGGGACUAGAUGAGGAACAUAGUGAUGGCUGUGAAGUUGGGUUGUCAAAUUACCCAGAAAUCUUGGAAGAUGGAGAAAUUUCUGGAAGUAGAAGAGGUUCAGAAGCAUGA